CCCCAUCUCCGAUUGACGUUACCCCACCUCUCACGACCCUUGAUCCUUUCUUGAUUCCUCUCUCCUACCCUUGUCCCACAUCUCAUCAUCCCCCGGUUCCAUCAUGGAGAACCAAAGGAUCACCGAUUUCCUCGCCGACCAGCUCCAGCAAGCUCCCGAACAGAGCCAGGCCUUGUUCCUGACCUUCGAAGACUACUGGGAGCGCAAGCUAUGGCACCAACUUACCGAUUCCCUGAUUGAAUUCUUCCAGCUACCAGAGAGCGGCCCCCAGCGACUACCGAUAUUCAAGAACUUCGUCCUCAGCUUCGCCGACAGAAUCAACCAGCUCAAGUUCGUCUCGCUGGGGUUGAUGGCAUCGACGGAGUGUGCAGAUGACAAAGAACGCCUCUCUUUCCUCACAUCGCUGGCCGACAAGGUCAACAAGCCCGACAGCCAAGAUGCUUACAUCUACGCCCUCGCCGACGUCGCCAACGUCAAGCAACGACUACAAGACCUGGACGGAGCACAGAAGGAUCUGGAGGUCUGCCAAAAAGUGCUAGAUACCUUCGACUCGGUUGAGACCGUUGUGCACGCUUCCUUCUACAAAGUCAACGCGGACUACUACCACGCCAAACAAGAAUUCGCCUCCUUCUACAAGAACGCCCUCCUCUACCUCGCGUGCAUCAACCUGGAGGACCUCAGCGACGCGGAGCGGGUGUCGCGGGCCUACAACCUCAGCGUGGCGGCGCUGGUGUCGGAGACGAUCUACAACUUCGGCGAGCUGCUGCUGCACCCGAUCCUGGACUCGCUGAGCGCGACGCCGCACGGCUGGCUGCGCGACCUGCUGUUCGCCUUCAACCGGGGGGAUUUGACCGCCUACGACGUGCUGGCCGGCAACGUCGCCAAGAACCAGCUGCUGGAGCAGCACCGCCUCUUCCUGUACCAGAAGAUCUCGCUCUCCGCGCUGACGGAGAUGGUCUUCCGCCGCCCGCCCCACGACCGCAACCUGACUUUCGCCGCCAUCUCCGCCGAGACCAAGGUCAAGCCCCAGGAGAUCGAGCACCUGAUCAUGAAGGCCCUCUCGCUGGGCCUGCUCAAGGGCGCCAUCGACCAGGUCGCCCAGGUCGCCCAGAUCCACUGGGUCCAGCCCAAGGUCCUGGACAUGAAGCAGAUCGAGGGCAUGCGCAACCGCCUCAAGGACUGGGAUGCCGGCGUCAACCAGCUGGGCCACUGGAUCGAGGGGGUUGGCAAGGAUGUGUGGGCGGCUUGAUAUGAGAUAAUUCCAAAGAUUAGAACCAGAUACCUUAACUACUCUACUACAACCACAACAACCAUCUUAUGCCCCACCACCUGUUUCUCAUGGCCCCCCCCCCCCCUCUCCCCC